AAUAUGAGACGGAUGGCCCGCCCUUCCGGAUACUGCAUCCUGGCGGCUAAACUAGACACCAACGUACCUUCCGUCACGCCAUUUUCCAUCGACGACCGAGAGGAGUACGUCUAGGAUAGAGACGCCGACAGUUUAAACUGCAACCUGCAUUAAAAACGAUCCAGUCAUGCAUCGGGACUGUCCCCUUGAUUGUAAGGUUUAUGUUGGAAAUCUGGGCAACAAUGGAAACAAGACGGAGUUAGAGAGGGCAUUUGGCUACUAUGGCCCUCUACGUAGUGUCUGGGUGGCCAGGAACCCCCCUGGUUUUGCCUUUGUUGAGUUUGAAGAUCCCAGAGAUGCAACUGAUGCUGUGCGUGAGCUUGAUGGAAGGACACUUUGUGGUUGCCGGGUCCGAGUAGAACUGUCCAAUGGUGAGAAGCGCAGUCGCACCCGCGGUGCUCCUCCUUCGUGGAGCAGGCGUAUUCGAGAUCGAGACGACUACAGGCGUCGCAGCCCACCGCCUAGGCGAAGAUCCCCACGCAGGCGAAGCUUCAGCCGCAGCCGAAGCAGAUCUUUGUCAAGAGACAGAAGGAGAGAGAGGUCAGCCUCCCGGGAGAGGAACCAUAAGCCUUCCAGGUCCUUCUCUCGUUCAAGAAGCCGCUCCAGGUCUACUGAAAGAAGAUAGAGGAAAGUCAUGUCAGGUUUAGAAGGAGCUGCAGAUAAACAUUUGUACAGGCUCUGCCAUUUCAUAUGAUGGACUCCAGCAUCGACAUGUGAUCCUUUUUUUUUUUUAGUUUUUUUUUUUAACAAGCCUUUUAGUGUCCCUCCCAUAUGUGUCACGACUGUCUACAGACAGCAGUGGGUGUGUACAGGUGUAAUACCUCAUCAUUCUCACCAACCAACCAAGUUUUGAUGAUCUUGACGAGGUCGUCCCCACUCUGCAUUCCACAUUUAACCUCUUUAAGCUUUGGUUCAUGUCCAUGAAUGUACUGUGUAGUUCGACAUUGUUGCAGUAGUCUGUCAUUUUCACUGUCCUAAAGCAAGAAAAGAUUGGAAAAAGAAUUGUUUCUUCUCUUUUGAUUGUUUUUUUUUUUUUUUUUUUUUGCUAUUUUCCUGCAUCUGUUGAUGGUUGGUUAUCCCUGUUGUAGAAGCAGAAUUAUUGCAUUUAUUUGAAACUGUAGUAAACAGAAGUCAGUUUGCAUAUUAGGUUUUACAAAGUUGAUCUUUUAUGUGUACUGGUCCUUCAAUUAAAAUACCUAUUGGUUAAAAA